AAGAAAAUAAGAAUUUCAAUCUUCUCUUAUUGGGCUUUAACUCUAAGUAGAAUAGAGUAGGAGUGUUAGAAAGAAGCAGAAAGUCAUGAGAAAAAAAAAAAUUUUAAACUAAAAAUCCAAGCUUAAAGUUGUGUCUUGGGUUGGAGUCUAUUGCUUUGAGUGUGAAACUCCAAUUGGUGAGUACAGAAAUUCUAGAAUUUCUAUAUUUAAGAUAAUAUAAAUAUAUCGUCCAUCAUUCUAAACCCGCUGAAAAAAAAUGUAAUAGGAAGAGGAAAAAAAACAGACAAAUAAAGCAUAAUGUUGUAAACAAAAAGGCGACAUUUAGUACCAGUAGGUGGCAGCAAUGCGAAUUAAAAUAAUCCUUCCACAUUAUUUAGCCAAAGAAGAAGGACUGGGCAGAUUGUGACACAGACAGAUGAUAAACUGUUUGUGUGAAUGAUGGGGGAGACAGAAACAUUAUCCUCUCAGUCUGCUGCUGCCGAGGAGCAGGAAAGCACAGCACUUCCGGCUGAUGUGGAACCCGCGGUGCUGCUGCUUGGGGCCGGAGUGACAGCAGCUAUACACCCGCUGCUCUAUGUCAAACUGCUCAUACAGGUAGGACAUGAACCUCUUCCACCAUCUGUAGGUACCACCAUGUUUGGUAGAAAAGUCUUAUACUUACCUGGUUUCUUCUCCUAUGCACAGUACAUUAUCAAGGUGGAUGGGAGGAGGGGACUCUUCAGAGGCCUCUCUCCUCGUCUCGUGUCCAGUGCCGUCUCCAGUGUGGUCAGGAGCAAAGUCAAGCAGCAGGUGGCGCUUCUGUCCAAAAAGGAUGAGCUUCAAUCUUCACUCAGGAAAGUGGUUGAAGAGACGACACAUGAGAUGAUCAUCCAGUGUUUGUCCAGAGUUGCCACUCAUCCUUUUCAUGUGAUGUCAGUGCGGUGUAUGGCCCAGUUUAUUGGCAGAGAGGCCAAGUACAGUGGGUUGUUCGGGUGUAUUUUAAACAUUGUGAAGGAGGAAGGAGUCACAGGAUUCUAUGUUGGUCUGGUUCCUCAUGUGCUGGGCGAGGUCCUCUUCCUGUGGUGUUGUAACCUCCUGUGUCAUUUUAUUAACACCUAUGCUGCAGACGAAAAUUUCAGUCAGGCCUCAGCAAUAAGAAGUUACACUAAGUUUGUGAUGGGGAUCGCAGUAACAGUUCUGAUGUCUCCGUUCAUGUUGGUGGCAGAUGUCAUGGCCAUCAACAACUGUGGUCUGGCUGCAGGUCUUCCUCCCAACUCUCCCAUCUUCAAGUCCUGGAUGCACUGCUGGAAUCACCUGAGCCAAAAGGGUCAACUCUUCAGGGGAUCCAGCUUCUUUUUUCGCAGAGUGCCUUUGUCUCCGCUGCCAAUAAGGGACAACUGACAUCAUCAUCACUGUUGUCAUCAUCGUCGUCAUUGUGCUGGAGUCUUUACUGGAAGAAGGAACAGCACCACCAUCACCUGCAUGUGAUCCAAAUGUGCCAAUGGCUACAAAAACUUUUAGUUAACGGGCAGGUGUGUCUUGCUUACCUCAUUUCCACAUGAACUGCUAUAACUGAUGGGUACUAGAGUCAUUUAGACCUCCACGUUACACUACUGCUUUGCUGCUCAGUGUCACAACACAGAACAGAUAAGCUAGUUCCCCCUAAAUAGGUUAAACAUUAAUAUUGUUAUGUUGACAAAGAUGUGGACACAGCAGAUCAGAGCAUAAACUCCUCAGGAUGGUUCACUGACAUCAUGAAGGGAGUCAGAACUCAGGGUGUUCCCUCCUGCAGUUACCUCAAAAACCUCCAGGGAAGCAUUUGGUUGUGCUGCCCAUUAUGGCCAUGUUUUACAGUCUGUGAUCAGACUGCAAUGUACCAUGGGAAAUAUGACAGCAAACACUUCAAAUUGUUACCUGUACAUAUGUAGCGACGUCUUAAAUAUUACUUUCAUCUCUUUUUCAGAAAGUAUUUUUGUUUUUAUAAACAGACAUGUAACAUUUAUAUUGGUUAAUAAUGUUAGACAAUUAUGAUUAUUUAGUUUGUUCAAACACACUUAGGUUGUCUGUUCCAUAUUUUCCUGGCUGUAAUUGGAAUAAACUUUCUGCCUGCA